AUGGCCUGUAACCCAGGAAGACCAUCCAGAGGGCGAUGUAAUCCAUCCCGUGCCAGAGAACCUUUCCUGCAGAUGGUCCGGGCGAAUGAGCCUCUCCCGGCCGACCCCAUGUGGGCUCAGCGUGAGUUUCUCCUCCCUGAUGAGCCCUGGGAAUUGCCUGGCUUCACUCGGCAAGCCUACCACCAGCUGGCCUUGAAGCUGCCACCCUGCACAGACAUGAAGUCCAAGGUGCGCCACCGACUAAUCCACCCUUGGAAAGGUGAAGCUGAGCACACCUGGGGCUUUCACACGUGGCUUGAUGUGGGACACUUGCCUGCCACCUUUCCCACCAGGCCUGACAAACCUUAUGAUAGCAAUGUCUGGCGCUGGCUGACAGACUCCAGGGCCCGCAGCCGCCCCCCAGCAGAGCCCUGCAUCCCCCCUCCCUCCUGGAUGGGUCAAAACAGCCUUCUGACCUUCAUCAGCUGUACUCCUAUCUUCUUGGACACGAACAGGAAGAACCAGGUGAUUCUCAGGACAGUGAAGGAACUAAGAGAAGUAGAGAAACUCAAGCUGAGGAGUGAAGCAAGGGCACCUCCACUCGACACCAAUGGCAACAUCCUGCCGCCAAAGGACUUUAAGAAGUACCGACACAUCUCAGCUGGUGGAAGGUUUGAACCCCUCGGCCUCCAGCUCCUACCCAACCCAGUUCCCAAUGAGUUUGCCAGGAGCUGGCCCUGCCCGAACCCUCUGCCUCAUUACCAGGAGAAGGUGCUGAAGCUGGCCUUGCUGCCAAGUGUGCCCCUGAGACAGGACCUCGUGAGGAAUUACCAAACCCUGAUAGAGGACCGCAUUGCCUUGCCCCUCCAUUAUCUCUCCAAGGCACAGCCCAGCAAAGCUGUUUCGAGAAAGAGAAAGAGAAGACCUGGACACACCUAG